AUGGCCAGCGUCACGGAUUCGCGCUGGGGUGCUCUUCUCGCGUGGCUGGGUCAGCAUGGCAUGGACCUCGGUGAACUCUGCGUAGAGCCACGAGAAAGGCCCGGUGCUGGAUAUGGACUUUUUGCCUCAAAGGACUGUCCACCGUCGCGGAAGCUCUUCACGAUCCCGGAUAGCGCGUUGUUGAACUGGAAGACUCUGUCAGCCCACUAUCCCUCACCAAAAGACCUGAAUGCCACAUGCUUGAUCUCUUUACAUCUCCUCCUGCACCGGCCUCAAGGAGCAAAGGAAUCCAGCGAUCCACUGUUUGGCCCAUACAUCUCUAUAUUACCACGAGACUUUGACAGUCAUCCUUUGGCAUGGCUCGCGCGGAGUAAACUGGCGUCUGAAGAGACAACUGAGCAUUAUCUACUUGGGGCCUUGCCUCGGGAUGUUGGAGAAGCGUUAAACGCAUUAUGGAAUAGGUUCGUGAUGGAUUGGAAGAAAGUCUGUCAGUAUGUGAGACACCAUCCAGCAAGCUUGACCCGCGCAAGCCUGCCUUUAGAAUCAGAGAAUUUCACCACAAGUGACCAACUUCUCUUAGACUUUCUGUGGGCAUGGCUCAACGUCAAUACACGGUGUAUAUUUCACCGCCUGCAUGCAAGCAUCUCGAACCCUGAUAACUUCACGUUAUGUCCGAUCCUGGAUUUCGCCAACCACACACCCGACUUGUCUAUGAGUAUGCAACCUAUGCCUACUAGCGCGGACAUCUGGGGUUCUCCCCCAAGAUCUAGAGGGGGUGAUGACUUUACUCUCAUGGCUCCGAGGGAAAUCACUACGAGAGCCGGCGAAGAAUUAUACCUCACCUACGGGGCUCAUUCAAACACCACCCUCUUGAUCGAAUAUGGGUUUAUAAACAUCUUCACUCCGGAUCUGGUUGCAGCAGGUACCUUCAGGGGUGAAGUCAAUGUACAGGAUGCGAUGGCGGCUUUAUUCGACUCAGGAGGGCGGGACAGGGACACAUGGUUAAAGUCGACAUUGGAGGACGAGGGGUACUGGGGAGAUUGGACGCUGCAUGCUUCUCCCCCUCCUGCACACCCCUCCUUUCGGCUGAUCACAGCUUUGAGGCUGCAUAGCCUAGUCGCAUCUACAUCAGAACCCACAAUGACUUGGGAAACUUUACAGCCAUGGAGAGCUGUUCUCCUAGGUGAGACAGAAAUAGUUUCGGAAGAGAAUGAGGGUUCUUGGCGAAAGGCUCUGUUGCGGAUCUGCGAAACGAUACGAACGGAUGCUGAGAAGCAGCUUGCUUCGGUCUGUGGUUCGCGUCUGGUGGAAGAAAGUAAAAGCAAAGACUGGGGGCCGUGGAUGGUAGAGAAUAUUCGUCUACUUUGGCUUGAGCGUAUAUAUGUUUCAGGAGCAGUGAUUCGUAGUGUAGAAACGGGAGCACAAUUCUAA